AUUCAGUCAUGAAAGGUGGGAAAACAUCUUUUGACAAGACGUCGCCUGAAAAUGCUCACAGCCACAACUCUGAAGUUGCUGUUGGCGCUAAUAAGUCUGGAGUUGGCGUCGCAGGAGACGGCCCUAACGGGAGUGAGAGUUUGCCGUUGGAUCUCCAAGAAGCUGUCUCACUGAAGGAAAGGAUGGCCAGAUACCAAGCAGCUGUUUCCAAGAGAGACUGUGGCAGCUUCUCCGCUAACGCAACAGAGGAGUCAGAGACUUGCACAGUUCCUGGUGGCUUAGCCAGUGUCAAGAAACAAUUUGAGAAAGAGGAAAUAGCUGCUUCCCAGAACACUGUUUCUCAGUACCAGUACCAACACAAAUCUGAUCAGGUCUCUGAUCUUGAGAAAUGGAAGCAGACAACUUCCCACCUCAAUCAACACGUCCAAGAAACAGUCAUUGAUACACCUGAAGAUGAAGAGAUUCCAAAGGUUUCUAUGCAGUUUUUAAAACAGCAGUUUGAAAAAACAGCCCAGGAAGAGAGUCUGCAUUCUGGCAAAGACACUGUAACUCCAGCCAAGCAGAUUAAGAUCGAAAGUGACUAUCCGGAUAUUAGCUGGCCACCUUCGGUUUUCAGUUCUUCUUCUUCCGCUGCCGGUGCUUCAACCAGCCAGAGGCAGCAAGUGCUUAUGACGAGGCAAGCUGAAGUGAGAGCUGCUACUUCCGCUGCUGUUCAGGCAAACUCCACUCACUGUGGAAAAAUGGAAGACUUUCCUUCACCCCCACCUGACUCCCCACAAACUCCAGCUGAUACGACCGCACGUUCCCAGUCCCCUGAAAUCCCCACUCCUUCAGGAAAACCGCCAGUCCCUAAAGAGCUAUACUCAAAGCAAAGACAUUUAUAUGAAUUAAAACGUCUAUACAAACACAUUCACCCAGAACUAAGAAAAAACUUAGAAAAAUUCUAUCGCAGUGAGGUCUCUGAGAUCAUUUCUAGUCAAGAGGAUGCAGACAGCUCAGGGUCAGCAGGGGUUCAACAAGCUCGGUAUGUAUUUGAAAAUACCGGCAGCGGCAGCAACCCGCAGGGCGGGAGUGCUGAACGAGAGAAUCUACAGUGGGACGAAAUCCUCAAGGGAGAGGUGCAGUCCAUGAGGUGGAUUUUUGAGAAUCAGCCCCUGGAUUCAAUCAAAGACGAAUCUUCAGAUGAAGACAAUGGGAAAAAAGGCAUUGCAGAUAAGGAAAUCAUUGCCGGUGGAGAUGUUAAGUUUACCACGUGGAUGUUUGAGACCCAGCCUAUAGCCACACUGGGGAUCCAGUCUUCUGAUUCAGCGGAAAGAAUCGACAAAAUUCCAGAACUAGCCAGAGGAGAUGUCCGCACAGCCACGUGGAUGUUUGAAACUCAGCCGUUGGAUUCAAUGAAUAAAAUACACCAGGACCCAGAGGGAGGAUCAGAGGAAACUGCCACUGAAGCCAUAACUGGUGGUGACGUCAAGACUGUGAGGUACAUGUUUGAAAAUCAACCUCUUGAUCAACUCGGGCAGCUGUACUCAGUGGACGAAGUUAACCUCCUCCAGCUCAGGUCUGAACUUAAGGAGAUUAAAGGGGAUGUAAAGAGAAGCAUAAAGCAUUUUGAAACGCAACCAUUGUAUGUUAUUAGAGACAGCUUGGGUCAAAUACUAGAAAUCAAGACUGUUCACAGAGAAGAUGUUGAAAGAGGGGAUGUGAGGACUGCCCGCUGGAUGUUUGAAACCCAGCCCUUGGACAUGAUUAAUAGAGACUCUGCAGAAAUUAAAGUUGUCCGUGGAAUUUCCAUGGAAGAAAGCGUCAGAGGAGGCGUAAGCAAGGCCAAGUGGCUUUUUGAAACCCGACCCCUCGAUAACAUCAAGGAAGAGUCUGAAGAUUCUGUCGCUGAAAAGGAAGUUAUCAUUGGUGCUGAUGUCUCUAGAAAAUGUUGGGUGUUUGAGACCCAGCCAUUAGAUGCGCUGAACAAAACCGAUGAUGCAAAUGUGGCACCAGCUGAAGAAAUAAUAGGUGGUGAUGUCAAAACCACUAAGCACUUAUUUGAAACAUUCCCUAUGGAUGUUUUAAAAGACAGUCCAGAUGUGGGUAGACUCCAGAAGAUGGCUGCAACUGAAGAAGAAAGGGGUGAUGUCAGGCAUCAGAAAUGGAUUUUUGAGACUCAACCUUUAGAGCAGAUCGGGGAAGAAAGAAAAGAGUUUGUCAGAACAGUGAAGCUUGAAGAGGUUGAUCGAGGAGAUGUGAGAAACUACAAACACCUUUUUGAAACAAGUAAUUUGGUUAAAUAUGAUGAAUCCCAAAAGAUCCAGGUGGAAGGGGUGUCAAGAGGAGCGGUUGAGUUAAAUAAAUCUCUUUUUGAAUCAACUCCAUUGUAUGCCAUUCAAGACAGUCUUGGAAAAUAUCAUAAAGUUAAAACAAUUCAGCAAGAAGAAAUUCUGAGAGGUGAUGUAAGGAGCUGCAGAUGGUUGUUUGAAACAAGGCCUAUUGACCAAUUUGAUGAGAGCAUUCAGAAGUUUCAGAUUAUCAAAGGAAUAUCUGCACAAGAAAUUCAAGCUGGGGAUGUAAAGUCAGCUAAGUGGCUGUUUGAAACACAACCCCUCGAUGCUAUUAAAUAUUUUAGUAAUGUGGAGAAUGAAAAAAGUGCAUCACAACAGACUACAGAUGUUGUUAGAGGGGAUGUAAAGACAUGCAGGUGGUUAUUUGAAACUCAGCCAAUGGAGUCACUUUAUGAAAAAGUGGAGCUAAUGACAGACAAGGAAGAAAUUCAUAAGGGGGAUGUUAAAACUUGUACCUGGCUCUUUGAAACUCAGCCACUUGAUGCAAUAAGAGAAGACUCGGAAGCAACAGGAAAACAGCACACUGUAAAACCUGAGGAUAUCCAAGGGAGUGAUGUGCGCACAGCCUGUUUUCUUUUUGAGACAGAAAGCCUGGACAAUAUACAAGGGGAAGAAGGAAAAGAAGUUAAGACAGUAGAGCUGGAUAUCCAGGCUGGUGAUGUUUCUGGGAUGAAAUAUAAAUUUGAAAACCAGUCCUUGGAUUCCAUAAGUUCUGGUUCAGAGGAAGUUUUGAAAAAGAUAAAAACUCUGCAAGCUGAAGAUAUUCAGAAAGGCAAUGUAUUAAAUUGCAGGUGGCUUUUUGAAAAUCGGCCUAUUGAUACAAUCAAAGAGAACCAAGAAUGUAAUGAAUUAUUCAAGAUGGUUACAGAUAUACAGGGUGGUGAUGUGAGGCGAGGGUGCUUUAUUUUUGAGACUUUUUCCUUGGACCAAAUUAAAGAGGAAUCUUCAGAGAUUAGCUCCAAGAAAACAGUUAAUGAAGAAGAGAUAACAAAAGGGGAUGUGAGAAACUAUAAAAUGCUGUUUGAAACCCAGCCCCUCUAUGCCAUACAAGAUAAAGACGGGUAUUACCACGAAGUGACAACAGUUAAGAAGGAAGAAGUGAUUCAUGGAGACGUCCGGGGCACCAGGUGGCUGUUUGAAACGAAACCUUUAGAGUCUAUCAAUGAAUCAGAUCACGUGUACCUCAUCAAGUCCGUCACACAGGAGGAUAUUCUUAAAGGCGAUGUUAGUUCUGUGAGGUACAGGUUUGAAACUCAACCACUGGAUAAAAUUUCAGAGGAUGAGAAAACAAUUAUUCCUACUGUGGACUGCGUCCAAGGCGGUGAUGUGAAGGCUGGAAAGCAACUCUUUGAGUCUGAAGAAUUUGAUAAACGCACCUGCCUUAGGACAGUAAGCAUCAGUGAAAUUCAAAAGGGCAAUGUGAAAACAUCCACCUGGUUGUUUGAGACACGCACUAUGGAUGAACUGCGAGGAGAUGGGUCGGAAUUUGAAUACAUGAAGACUGUCACCAAGGAAGAUUUUCAGAAAGGAGACGUUCAGCAGGCAGUGUGGCUUUUUGAAAACCAGCCUUUAGAUUCCAUUAAAGAAACAGAUGACAGCAUCACAAAAAAUGUCCGAGAAGAAAUCCCCUCCUGUGAUGUAAAGACGACCACGUGGCUCUUUGAAACGACUCCUUUCCAUGAGUUUAAUGAAAAGACAGUGGAAAAGGUGGAAAUCAUUGGAAAGAGUAUCAAAGAAACUUUAGAAGAACUGCAUUCUCACAAGGUUGUCGAGUCUCAUGGAAUUAUCAUUGAAGCGGAUGAAGUUGGAGAUGUCCGAAUGGCAAAAUACAAGCUCAUGAAUCCAGAACCUCCUGAAAUACAGAAAGAAGAAAUUAUUAGAGGGGAUUUAAGAAAUAUCAUGAUCAACCUCCUCUCCAAAAGAGACUCUUCCAAAAGAGAGAUUUUAGUUGGUGAAGGAGAGAAGGGCAAUAUUAGUUUGACCAAAUCUCAGUUAUUGAACAAAUCAACAGAUGUUCAUAUCGAAAAAGAAGAGGUAGUGAAAGGGGAUAUACAACAAGCGAUAAAAAAUCUGUUCAGUGACAAAAGGCCCGUAAAGCAAGGAAUUUUAAUUCAGGAAGAUGAGCGAGGUGACAUUAACAUGACAGUUUAUUCCCUUCUCCACAAAAAUAAUGGGCAUAAAAUCGAACAUGAAGAAGUGAUAGGAGGAGAUGUGAAACACACUAUUCACAACCUGUUGCUGUCCACAUCGAACAAUGGAAUAUCGGAAAGGGCUAAAAUAGAUGAGACUGAGAGAGGAAAUGUUCAGUUUUUUACAACCUGCAUCGAAGCUGGAGCGUUGGAUUACCUCAAACUACUCCAGACAGGGUCAAAUGAAACACUUAUAGCAGGGAAACAAGACAGAGAGGAGGAAAUAAUCAGAGGUGAUGUUGAAGGCACAAAGCUGUUGCUAAAGAAAAGGCCAUUUCAGAUUGAACGAACCGUUAAUGAAACUGACAUCAUCCCAGGAGAUGUGCAGAAUACAGUCAAGAUUUUUAUGACAGAGCCACAAGGAACAUCCUGUCAGGCCCCCAAAGAAGAAAUUAUAAAAGGUGACUUGAAAGCAACCCUAAAUUCUUUCAGUCAGGCCAUAAAUCAGACCGAAGUUUCCCAAAAGGAAGGAAUUAUGAAAGCUGACAUCCCAGUCUCACUGAAGUCUCUUAAAGAGCCACAUGAGCGGUGGCAAGAAACUCAAAAACCUGAUGUCAUCCCCGGUGACAUAGAGCAAGCCAUCGAAUCCCUGGAAAAAGCAAUUACCACGAGAACGGAAAUUCUGAAAAAGGAGGUUAUCCGAGAUGAUCUCGAAGCAGCAUUGAGAUCUCUGAAUGAAGUCCAGAGGUCUUUAAAGGAGGUAGCCCCCGGAGCGGCAACCCCGGAAAAAUCUUCUGAGGAUCUGAAAAUGGCUCAGGUCAGUGAAGCCGUCCAGAGAGGCCCCAAAGGCAUUGCCCUGCGGCCCGUGCCAGACACACGUGAGCAGGCAGCCCAGCUCCACAGUGGGCUUGGAGCUCACAAGCAAAUCACUGUCCAACCUCUGCAGGACAGUCAUUCCGAAAAGUGUGCCAAGGGAACGAUUCCCCGCGAAGCACCAAAAGGCACCGUAAAGAUCGUCGUUGGUCGUGAACACAAUAACGACGCUCUUGAGAAAAGUUUAAGGAGAUUAUCAGAGUCACCCCACAAAUUUCUUGAAAAUUUUGCUGAAUUGGGGGGAAGCACUGUACUGCGGGGAGAUGCAGGGAGGAAAGGGACUGGUGGUAAAAAUGAGCAAGGGAACCACACACCCAUUGCCAUCGGUUCAGGGAAGAAAAGCGUAAGGAUUGGGAAAUCAGAGACCGAAGACAGAGUGUUGAAGGCGGCUGAUGCCUCCACCGCCACCCUGACCGUUGACCAAGGAGCCGGAAAGCCACAGGGUCCAUCUGGUAUGCUGGGAAGUGGGCCUCGAGACAAAGAAACUUCCCAUACCCAGAGUCAGAAAAAGAAGGAAAAAGGCAUCAAAGUGUCAACAUCUGGCCAAAAUUCCAAAUCCAGUCUGGCCCCUCAGCCAACAAAUGUGGCUGGCAAUGGGACAGGUAGAGAGCCUGACUACUGUCAAGAGCUAAGGUUGCAGCAGGAACUGAGGCAUGCUCAGAGUUAUAGUAAGGUUUCUGAAAAGAAGGAAAUUAAUCUUCCACCAGGGCAGCCUUUUAAUCCUUUGCCUGCAGUGGAUGAUAUGCAGAAUGUAUCGAAGUUGAAAGUCACAGAAGAAAGCUACCACAAAUUGAAUGCUACCGGAGAAAGACAAAAGACUGAUGUUCAGCCAUGCAGCAAGAACCUUAAAGCAAGAACUGAUGUCACAUCAACCUUAACAGUGGCCGAGGAGAAGUCCUCUACCUCGAUCAAGUCGGCUAAGGGAAAUGAUGGGCCAGAAAGGGAUUCUCCUCUUCCCCCACCAUCUCCACCUUCACCUCCACCUUCAAAUGCAUCAUCUGAAAUUGAAUUUCCUCUGCCCCCGCCGCCUCCUCCAAUGACGCUGUCUGAUAAUCAGAUGUUUCCUUCAUUACCAUCAACAGAAAAGGCAAACGUUGAUUUUGAGAGUUUUCCUCCACCACCACCACCGAUUGAUGACAGAUCGGAGAGGCGGUGCCCCUCUGGCUCUCUUCCCCUUCCACCUCCGCCACCUCCUCUGUUACAACCGGCAUCUCUACUGCCUGGGGAAAGUGGCAGGGUCCGACAGAACUCUGAAACUUCCACCCCGGCAGUAAAGCCCCCAAAGAAAUUCCCCAAACCUAAGCACUUCAAGCCACCGCAGGAAAACCCAGUUGAUGCUUCUCCAAAACUUGAAUCAACUGCCCUUAAUCCUAAUUCGGAAGCUGAAAUGACCCAAAUGGAAGAGAAAAAUGAAAAGAGGGUAACAGGUCUGGUGGAGCCCACCCAGGUUAAAAAGGGAAAGAGGGUCAUCAAUCCUGUAGAGGGAACUGGACAAUCAUCAGAUUCAGAGGCUCAUCAAGGGCUUCCAUCAUCCAAAAAACCUCAUCCAUUUCCUGCAGAUUCAGCAAACGCAAGCCCUAAGCCUUAUGUCAGAAAAUUUAAGACUCCUCUAAUGAUUGCAGAGGAAAACUACAGACUACAAAAGGAAGAGUCUGGAAAAAGGAAAGAGCAAAGCUCAUGCCAAGAGGAUGUCAAAGCUAAAAAUCUGAGCCAAGCAGAAGCAGAGUCAGAAAGGCCAAGGAAAGAGAAUCGUCCUUUGGAACCAAGCUCGCUGGUCACAACAGCGCAGUCAGACUCUGAAUAUCAAUUCAGCAUUCAAGCUUCAGGACCUUCAGAUGAUAAGCAGCUGUCAGCAUCAACAACAGUGUCAUCAGCAACUGGGAAGCUCCAGAAUGUUUUAGAAAUCUCUACAGCUGAAGACCAGAUUCAAAAAGAAGUUCUGCAAGGUUCAAGGAACCUAUCACAACCCAGUUUAGCUUAUCAAAUGGAACAAAUCCAUCAAAAAUUUACUACACAUGAAAGAGAACAGAAAAUAGAUGCAGAGAGUUUGCCCAUGUCUAAAAAUAAGACAAACGCUCCAAGUUUCAAAGUUAAAACUGUCAAUCUUCCAACUGCGGAUCAGAGCUCCAAGAGGGCCCUUCAAGAUUUUGAAACCCACAAGAAAUAUCUUUGGUCAAAUGCUCAAAAUCGUGCCCUGCAUGAGUACCCGAAAAGUCAGGAAAAAGAAUUAGGCAUGGCUAUUAGAAGAAAACAAACUGCUGCUGAGGAACAUUGCCAUUCGCCUAAUGGGGAGGAAAGGCUGACAGACAAAACGCCCUCGAAGCCAAGAAGGAAUACGCAGGGCGAAAAUAGAAAUGUAAUUCGUGGUCAAGAACAAGAAAGAACAAAAUCAAAGGAUGAGAAAGUUUCAGUAACUCAAGAAAAUCAGGGCAAGACAUCUCUGGCUCCAAAUGAAGAGAGAGAAGUAGUUCAAAGGAAGCAAAAACACCUUAAGAAUAAAUCAACAGAGAAGGUAGUCAAGCAAAAGGUUACUGAUAUGCAUCUAGACUCACAGGCUCAGAGUUUUCAGCAAACGCAAAUUAAUACUUCUGAAAGUACAGACAAACCAAAAACGUUGUCCCAGCAACAUAUUAGUGUGCAAGAUGGAGAAUAUCUCCGAGUCAGAGGCACAGAAAAGAAACAGGUCUUCUUCAAUACUAAAGAUUCAAAGCAAGAGAUUACACAGAACAAGCCCUUAUUCCCUACCCUGAAAGGAUCACAGCAGGAGGAUGAAAAAUAUACAGUAAACAUAUUGGAAUUCUUGAGAAAACGGGAAGAACUACAGCAGAUUUUGUCUAGAGUGAAGCAGUUCGAAGUGGAGCCAAAUACAAAUAACAUUAAAACCUUUCAGACAUUUUUAAAUAUUAUCCCUGGGUGGCUGAUAGAUGAAGAAUUUAUCGCUCAUGUGGCAAAAGAAAACAAUUUAGAAAAAAUGAAAGAGGAAAUAAUACACAUUAAAGCUGAAGCAGAGGAAAUGCUUUUGUCCUGUGAAAACAUGAUUAAAACAGCCAUGAUGUCCACACAAGCAGUGAAAUUGAGAAGUGAAUCUGCAAAUCAUAGUAGAGCAUCCCAGAAAAUAUCAAAUGUGAGCAUUAGUUCUAAGAAAAAAGUACGUGAGAAAGAAAGUAAAGUAGAAAAAGCAUCUCAACAGGAAGUAAAACCCCGCCGGGAAGUUAAACGUAUGGAGUGUACGGUUUCUUCUCCCUUGUUGAAAAAGCGAUCACCAUCACCUACCUACAUAACAAUCGAAUCCACUGCAAGACGAGAGGAGACUCCUGUUAAAGACAGCUCUGUGAGGGGGGAAAGUGCACCCAUUCCUCUACCCGUGAAGCCGACAUCCAGAGUGCAUAGGGCAUCUACCUCUCCCUCGCCUCCUAGCAAUCGGGCCGAGCAGCUUGCCAAGCUGAAAGACACCACUGCAAAAUUAGCUCAAGGCACCGCUCAACAUCAGUCUAUCCCUCCAGGUCCAAUUGUCGAAAAAAGAUCUGAAAUCAUCCAAUCUCCCGCAACUCUUCGUCGACAAAUUAAGAUUGAGCUGCGUGGGAGGGAGAGUUUGCCGAAGACCUCCAUACCUAUAAGUGUAUCUCAUGUUACUCCUGAUUCAGACAGAGAUGCCAAAGAGGCCCAGGAAGAAGUUAAGAAAGUAGAAAAAAGGAAGACCUGUGUUCGCCACGAUUUAGGAAAUAUUCCUGGAUCCAUAGUGCCAGAAGCAGAAGGCUACGAUGCAGUUGAAAUCAUACGUAAAGUUGAGGUGCCUAAGGUUGGUUUAUCAGGGCCCACUCAUAGGUAUGAAGCAUCCAACCAAACCGUCCAUAUGGCUGAAAGUAUAGUAAAUGGCCACGAAGGCAUGCUGAACACAUGGAUAAGGGAGUUUGAGGAUAUGCCAGGUUUGGGGGCAAAAUCAAAUGGAAGAGUAUUUGCAAAUGGUGAAAUAAACCACAAUGUAAGGCAAGAAGAAAGAUGCACAUUUAGUAAGGAGGAAAUUGGUUCAUCAUCUUUGGACAAUGAAAGCUUAAACAGUAGUUUCAGGAACUUUUCUUGCAGUCAACCCAGAGAGCCUCUGGAAAGGUCACCUUGCGAAACACCGGUGGUGUGUUCGGAAACAAGAUCCCUCAGGAAAUGUUUCUCAGGGGUGGACGCCUUUGAUAGUAAAGUCGUGGGUUCAAGGACAGCGGCCUCUUCAUCCCAAAGCCCCGAAGGCGUCAAGUCUGGGUUUGACUUCAAGCAUGCCCCGCCAACUUACGAAGAUGUCAUUUCCGGGCACAUUUUGGAUAUUUCAGCUGCAGAUUCACCAGAAGAUUUACUGAGGAAUUUUCAAAAGACAUGGCAGGAGAGUGAAAGAGUCUUCCAAAAUCUGGGUUACGCCAUCUCAGAAGCUUCUGAAACUGAAAUGAGAAGCACCUAUCAUGAGGAAGCUGCUUUUAAAAGUGAAACUUCCACUUCAGGACAAGGAAGCAUGCGCACUUUGUCAAAAGACAGUUUAUCCAAUGGAAUCUCUAGUAGCAGACAAGCAGAUUUUCCAUAAAUCCUGUUUCCGGUGCCACCACUGCAACAGUAAGCUAAGCUUGGGAAAUUACGCAUCUCUCCAUGGACAAACCUACUGUAAACCCCAUUUUAAGCAACUUUUCAAAUCCAAGGG